AUGCGCAGCAGGGAAAUACGGAGAGAAAGGCAGGAAGGCUGUGCGCUAGGAGGAAGAUUAGCAGAAGUAGACAGGGAUGGAAAUCACCUCCCUACCCAGGAAGAUCUGAACUCAAACGAAGCUAUUCACAGCUACUCCCCGAGUUCUUUUAACACCACCGCCACCAUUCUCCAACAAGACUUUUCAGUCUUCACCACGGAGUCUCAACAGUCAAGAUGGCCUCCCUCCAAUUCCCCGAGCCAGCCGGCACCAUCUGCGCAACCGAACAACGAUUUCCUAGCCCCGCAACAGGACUUCGUCUUGUUCGAUCAACCAUCACAGCCUCAGAGACAGAACGUUAACCGCUCUGUAUCGUCUCCUGCCUCUCAAGCAGCAGCCUUUGGAUCUCUAAACGCCAACACUAGUCACUUCUCGCAUACCCCCAGCGAUUCUACAUCUCCUACAUUGCAGAAUCAGCGAGUGGCUCAGAUCAUCAGGGCAACAGGACAUCAGACAACAUCUUCUCCUACGGCUUUUACCAACCGGUUCAAUUCUCCCGCGCAGUUCUACGCGCAUACUAUCGCAGCUCUUCAGAACUCUCCCAAUUCGAACCAGCAGAACCGAUCUGCUCGUCCACCUGUACCGCUUUUCACACAGGGUGUCAAUCAGCAAACGAACAAGAUGGAUUUCCAAGACGCCCUCAGAUUUGAGGAUAUGUUCCAGGGGGGAGCCUCCACGGCUUUCUCUUCCCCUUACGACGCGCCUAUCGGUUCCGUAUCCAGUUCCGUCAGCAACAUAGGUACCGUGUCACCUCAGCAGCUGUUCCUUGAUGGGAACACCACGUCUGCCCCGAACUCGACUGCCUUGACGAACAUGACUUCCCCUUCUUUGUGCGGGGAUUCUCCGGAUCUUUUCGCCAGUUGCAACGUCUCUCCUGAGUUUGGUGAAAUCGAGCUCCAGGAUCAGAACUGGGCGUCCUUGUUUGAAGAGAGCACAAGCACCUUCACUGCUCCUCCCCCCGCUGAUGAUCUAUCACCAGCUCAGCAAUCAGAGGAGUUGGACGUCGCUGAGACCGCCUCUAAGUCUCGUCGAAAAUCUGGCAAUUCGCCGUCGUCGGGAACCGCAGGGAAACACUCUUCUGUUUCUGGUGUGAACUCUCGUCGUCGUGACAAGCCUUUACCACCGAUCGUAGUUGACGAUCCUUCGGAUUCGGUUGCCAUGAAACGAGCUAGGAAUACCUUGGCAGCCCGUAAGUCUCGUGAGCGAAAAGCCAUGCGAUUUGAAGAGCUUGAAGCCCAGAUCACUAAGCUUCAGGAAGAGCGUGAUUAUUGGAGGAACAAAUAUGAAGAAGCCGCACAACUCGGUUGA